ACUUGUCCUCCCUUCCUAUCUGGCGCCUUCUGGCCGAGAGCAGUCCAGGUCCAUCUUGGCUCUUCGUCUCUGUAUCUGCCGCCGCCACCGCCGCCGUCGUCGUCGUCGUCGGACGCCAGCACGCUCUUCUUCUCCUUGUUGACGUCGUGCUCAGUAAUGGCGGCGUCGGGAGGCGGAUUGUCGUCGUCCGCCAACGUCGCAGCGGCCUUGUGCGCGCAGACGACCGCCCGAGCUCGCUUCCCGGGCCGGCCGUGUGCGAGCCGCGUCGGCCGGCUGCGGCUCGGCAAGCGAAGCAAACGCGGAAGGCUGAGCUCGGACGACGGCGAGUCGGCCGACGGAGGCCCGAGGCCCGUAAACAUCGGCCUCGCGUUGAGCGACGACCCGGCCUUGCUGUGCCUGCUCGGGGUGGCCGAGAAGCACGGGCGGCGGAGGGAAGCGGGCUUCGACUCGAGCGAGGAGGAGGAAGACUUUGGUGGAUUUGGCACAACCUCAGCUCGUUCACCGAACAAGGCAAAACUUCACAAAGCUGUGCAGCGUCCCGAAGCUGCGGCGAAACCCCCUGCAACCAAAACUCUCGUUGGGAAAAUAUUACCCAAGACCCCCAAAGCAGCGCUGAUUGGGAGUAUUGUAUCACAGAGAGCCAUAAAAGAAGAAGGAUUAAUUGGGAAGAUUGUUCCGCAGAGCUCCGAAGAUGAAGAAGGUCUUAUUGGGAAGAUUGUACCACAGAGUUCCGAAGAUGAAGAAAGGCUUAUCGGGAAGGUUGUAUCGCACACCACUAAAAAAGAGUGGGUGGGUGUCAAAGAAGUGCCAAAGGGGACGCUUAAAGGGCAAGGCAGGAAGAUGAAAGGCAUCAGGACAAGUGUCGGGGCAGCAGGACAAACUGAGCGAGACCAAACUGUCGAAAACACCUUUCAGGUUGAUGGAGUUGAGGUAGAAAUGUCAGACAACGCUUCGCCGCUGAGGCCCGCCAAGCGCGCCAGGCUGUUGGCGGCAUCCCUUCAGCGCCGCCAAAGGAAAAAGAUGAUGAAGGACGUUGCCGCGUCCCCGGAAAUCGGGGCGGAGGCCGGCGCCCAGAGCGGACCGGAGGCGGCAAUGCCACUGGAGGGGAUGUCGCCGCCGCCGGUGUUGUUGGGGCACCGCCCGUAUGCACGACACUCCCGCAAGUCCUUAUACGGCCACAGGAGGAAGAUGAAAGAUCAAAAGAAGAAGAUGAAAAACACCUUGGCCGCCACCACCGCCAGUCCUAAAAGGAAGCGCAUCAAGCACAUUUUUUACGCCUACGUCACUGAUCCCAGUCCUACUGAUCCCAGUCCUACUGCUCCGUCGGAACCCGAGCCCGCUCCUCUUACGGAGCAGCAAAACUCCCCGACCGUGACGACUGCACGCUCGUCCCGAGUCAUUAAAACACCAAAGCGUUUUUUGGAUGAGGCGAUGUUGCCCUUUCCAAAAGGCCACUUGUCCUCCUGGCUCAAGAAUCAACCGAAAGAGGAUGAGAAGACCAGCACAUCCUCUCACGAGUCCGUUUACGACACCAAGCUGGACAAGGAUGCUAUAUCCGCGAUCGACAAGUCGUCGUCUCCAGCAAAGCUCUCGGCGAGACCCGUUCACGCCACCAGUCACCUGGACUUCUACAAGAAACUCAAGAGGCUUACCUUGAAGCUGGCGGAAAAGAAGAGAGGCCAGUACGGCUUUGCGGCAGAUGACAAAGACGGCGCACGUCCGGACGAUUUAAGCGUGCAUGUCAAGAAGAAGAGGAGGCGGAGGUCCAAACUCACCGUGGAGGAGUUGGACUCGCCCGGUGUGGUGAGGAAGCUCGCCGUGGUCGUCAACAGCGACGCCAAGACGUCCUCACAAACAUCCCCGGAAGAUGCCGACAGGAAUAACGACGCAGGGAGCAGCGAGGCUCGCCCGGCGGGGGCACUGGCGCCUGAGGCGGGCGUGCCCGGAAACCGCGUGGUGGGCCUGAGCGGAGCCAACAAGAGAAUGCUACACCUGCUGAAGAAAGCCAAAGUGCAGCUCAUCAAGAUUGACCAGCAGAAGCAGUUCAAGCUGUUGCAGAUGAGCUCCAGUGAGUCACACAUGACAGUGAGCGGAAGAAGGAAAAGGAGAGUCAACUUGUCUCCUAAACUGGGAAGUCCUCAGGAGCAGCCUUUGGGUGGUCCCAGGAUCAAGCACGUGUGUCGGGCAGCAGCAGUUGCCCUGGGCCAGCCGCGGGCAAUGGUGCCCGACGACAUUCCGCGGCUCAGUGCCCUGCCGUUGCACGAGAGGGAGGGUAUCACCUUUUCUCCCGCCAUUGAAGAUGUCGCAGAUGAUGAUGAUGAUGAUGAUGAUGAUGAUGACAUCUCUUUUGGAGGCGGGGCUCAGUGGCUUGUCUCCCAGGAACCCCUCCAGGAGCAGCCAAAGCAGUGGCGGCGGCGUGGCCGGCGGCGCGCCCGCAAGUUCAAGAAGCGCAAGAUCCUGAGCCGCUACCUGCCCGGCGGCGUCCGCUCGCGGCGCUGUGGUGCGUGCAAAGGGUGCCUCGUGGACAGUGACUGUGCCAAGUGCGCCCAUUGUCGCGACAAGCCCAAGUACGGCGGGCCAAAUACGAAGCGACAGUGUUGCAUAUACAGAAGGUGUGAAAGAAUUGAAGCGGCAAAGACGGAGCGCUUUGUAAAACAAUUCAAAGUGCGGGCCAGGAAGUCCAAGGCGGCCGUGUCGAGCAGCGACGAUGGCAACUGGGGCUCCGUGCAGUCGAGGAAGACCUUAGUGCCGACCAAGAUCCGCAAGCAGUCCCUGCGCGACAUCACGCCACGCUCAUUCAGGAACCUGCUCAAGUCUGAGUCCGAUGAAGAGCUCGAGGAUGAGAUUAUGACGUUCAAGACCGUAAAGCAAAGGGGAGAUUUAGGACUUGAACUGUCCCUAUGUGAUGGCCCUCCUCCAGAGGCUGUUAAGCAGCGGCGGCCAUUUUCUAAAGGAAGACCAAGAGCUUACAAGAAUGCCGCCGAGGGCUCGUCGGUCAGCGCACCCGUGGGUUUUCCUAAUGGACUUCCCCAGAAGGGCCCAGUGCUGAACAAGGCUAAGAUCCGUGUGGAUUUUAAGGAGGACUGUGCAGUCCAGAACGUGUGGCUAAUGGGCGGCCUCAGCGUCCUCACGUCUGUCCCCACCACGCCGCAGCCCGUCUGUCUGCUGUGUGCCAGCAAAGGACGACACGAAAUGAUCUACUGCCAAAUAUGCUGCGAGCCCUUCCACAGCUUCUGUCUCUCCGCUGAAGAGCGCCCCCUGGGGGAGAACAAGGAGAACUGGUGCUGCCGACGCUGCAAGUUCUGCCACGUGUGUGGGCGCAGGAGCAAAGUGUCUAAGCCUGUGUUGCAGUGUAAGAGGUGUCAAACCUCCUACCAUCCCUCUUGCCUGGGACCAACAUACCCGAAGCCAAUGAACUGCAGCUUACCCUGGCUCUGCAUGACGUGUAUUCGCUGCAAAAGCUGCGGCGUGACGCCCGGAAAGUCGUGGGACGUGGCCUGGAACCACGAGGAGAACUUCUGCCCUGACUGUGCUGUUCUUCACGACAAAGGUCACUUCUGCACAGUUUGCAACAAGUGCUACGAAGAGGACAGCAGCCAGCGGGCGCGCAUGAUUCAGUGUUCCAAAUGUAGCCACUGGGUGCAUCACUGCUGUGAAGGACUAUCAGAGGAGCUGUAUGGGCUGCUGUCAAGCCGACCCCAGGACGCAGUCUUCACCUGUUCCCCCUGCCGUCAGCACGCUGGCGAGAAUGGCAGCCUGAGGGAACGUCUGCAGAGCCAACUGCUCCUUGGCCUGGACGAGGUGCUCGCCGGCCUCCUCGCCUCCAGCGCCACAUGGCACCUCGCGUUCUGUCAGUCGUGUCAGGAAACAAACAAGACUGAGUUCAUCGGGGAGCAGCCACCAGUGUGUGAUCUACAAGCCAUGGACAGAAAGUUAAAAGGAGGCAAUUACUCAUCCAUUAAAGCAUUCCAUGAAGAUGCAGUCUCUAUAAUGAGGAAGUGGCUCAAGGACGAAGAGGAUGAAAAGCCAUCAAUUCAGGCCAGGGAACAUUAUGCCAAAUUGAUGGUGCAAGUAUUCAGCUGGCUUCCCGUAUACCACCAAAACAAGUUGAGGUCGUUCUCUGAGGACCUGCCAAGUGGUGUGCUCCCCGAAGCCGUCAUCCCACCCUCUAAGGAGCACAGCUAUGCGCAGUGGACGCAGAGGACAUACCAGCUUAGGGAGAGUAGAGGGACGCAGGCGAGGAAAGCUGACCUGCUACAUUCACAAGGUGUGAUGGAUGUGGAGGCUUCCAAAGAUUGCCGACAGUGUGCUUUGUGCCAGCAAUAUGGUGACUCUGCUCCCAAAGAUGCAGGACGACUGUUGUACUUGGGCCAGAAUGAGUGGGCCCAUAUUAACUGCUGCCUUUGGUCUGCCGAAGUGUAUGAGAACAAGGGCGCCCUCCUCCAAGUACACACUGCAGUCUACCGGGGCCGACACUUGCGUUGCGACCGUUGUGGGCAGUCGGGCGCCACUGUGGGCUGCUGCCUCUCCACCUGCCAGAGUAACUUCCACUUCAUGUGCGCACGAGCCCAAAACUGCGUGUUCCAGCGGGACCGUAAGGUGUACUGCUUCGAGCACACAGAGCUCGUCAGUGUGGAGACUGUCUACGGGGAAGGAUUUGAAGUCCCACGCCGAGUCUACGUUGACUUUGAAGGGAUCAAUCUCAAGAGGAAGUUCCUCACGGGCCUCGAGCCUGAAUCAAUUAAUAUGACCAUCGGGUCUCUACAGAUCCAGAAACUCGGUGUGUUGUCAGAACUCUCAUCAAAUGGGAGGAUGUUAUACCCUGUUGGAUACCAGUGUUCUCGGUUAUACUGGAGCACCGUGGAUCCGCGCAGACACUGCAAGUACACCUGUAAGGUGACCGAAGUAAGCACCCCCCUGCCCGGCGAGGAACAGGAGCUCCUCAUGAAGUGCGAUCAAGAGGAAAAUCAAACCAUUGUCCAUAGUCCCAACAGAGAUGUGGAGACUCUGGACAGUUUAAGCACCACAUCCAGCCCCCUUUCCUCUGCUACUCCAUCGCCCAACUCAAAACUGCAUCAUUCCCCUGGAUCCAAACACCACCACUACUCGCAGACAAGGAGGCCUGCUGGGGGAUCAUCCCGACCUCUCCCGUCUCCAGGUUUGGUGUCUUCCAAAUCACGUCACAUCUUCACCCUGCGUGAUCUGGAGGACACUCACCGCCGUCGAAGGCCGUCGUCCAGGAGCCGCUGCAGCUCCUCCCCGACUGACAGCUCACGCUGCACUGUCUUCAGCACGCCGCCAAGGUCUUUCAAUUUCGCUCCAUCGUCUCCUCCGCUGUCACGACAAAACUCCCUCUCACCCGGCUGGGGCUCCCCGCCUCGGCCUAUCUCCACUGGGUUUUCGCCUCGCCACGGCUCUCCGAGGGGCAGGCACGCAUUCAAGAUCACCACUCCCGUGUCCACCGAGGUUCCUCAAGAUUUCCUGGCGUCAUCUGAGACGGAGGAUGCCGCUGUAACGACGACAAACGGGAUCUCACUUCCUCCCGAUAACACAGAUGGCCACUUAGAGCUGCCUUACACAGUGUUUGACAUUGACACCGAGGUAGCUGUGGCCUCCGUUCUCAACGCCAAACUCGAGUUUGACGAGACCCUGCUGACUGAUAACAUGUUGCCGGGUGGCCGGCUGGAUGUUGAAAUGCCGGAGGUGGAGUCUGAUGACGAAGACCACGCAGUAAAACUCACGCGCACUGUGGUGUGCGAGGCCACCAGUGGUGCGCAGACCUCCGCCCUGCCCUGCACGCCGUCCAUCUCUCAGUUGGAUGGCGCUGACGACGGCUCGGAGAGCGACCGGAGUGAGGAGGCCGAUGACACAGGAAGCGCCGACGCUGAAAUUCACGCUGACGUCAAGUCGCCCACGAAGCAGCUGACGGUCGCUCUCAAGAGGUUGGAGUCUAUUUAUGAGGCGGAACAAGGUAUGAGCGUGGCGAGCGGCUUCCCGGAAGAUUCGUCUGCCCCUGUUUUCCUUGACGCUUUUGACAUGGUGCAAAGUGAGGAGGUGCUGAUAGACUGUGACACAUCUGCCAAGGACGUGUUUCUAGAAGCCCCUACUGGGAGUUUUGUUGCCACAAAAGACGUCAGUUUGGUGUCGACAAGUAACACUCGAGCCGAGGACGACAAUGCGUCAUCAGCAGACUCCACUGAAGGCUUCAAAGAUGAUGUCAAUGACCCGGACUAUUCUCCCGAGCUCAAAAGCCCAUUGCCAAUGAAAAGAAUCAUUGUCAAAAAAAUAUGCCACAGUCCCAAAAUGAAGAACUUGUUGCCAAAGCAGAGUGUCCCUCAGCAGCAGCAGAAUGUCAAGGUGUUGCUGCCCCCUCGGUCAGUGCAGGUUUUAAAUGCGGCGCCUCUGACCAGCACUCUCCCGCGCACCGUCACCUCGCCCAUUCUUCUCAACGGGAUAAACACUUUAAAUGGCCAACCUGCUGUCGUGCGAGGCAAAACCAUUGCCAUCCGCUUGGACAACCCCGCAGUGCCACAGCAGCCUACUCAACUGGUGGUUCCCACACCGGCUGUGGCCGCCAGUGAUUCACCGACCCCGGCCGCCAGUGUCGCACCGACCCCUCCGGUUACCCCCCAGGUACUCCUAGUCAACAGUCAAGGUCAGAUCUUGCUGAAAAAUCCCAAAACCAACACGUACCAGACGCUCAACACAAGCUCUCCCACCUACAGUAAGAUAAGCCAGAUCGCCAAGAUGCUUCACAAGAGUAACAACUUGAAGCGGCCCAUCCCUCGCCUUACAGUCAAAGCUUGCACCAGCGCCGAGCCCAGCAACGUCCCCUACACCCCAGCGCCCAACAACAAAGUCAUCUACCGUGUGGUGCCCAUCAAGCGCAUGAGCCCCCCGCCCGCAGUCACUGUCCAGCGUAAUCCCUCCUCUGUUUUGUCCGAGGCCGAAACCGCUCAAGCGAUUAUUAACAGAGCCAUGGAAUCCCACCAUGACCCCCCAAGGACAAAGCCCCUCAUCCUUGGUGGCCAACAGACGAGCGAAAAGCCUUCAGGACCACCUCAGCAAGCUGCCCACCAGCAGCAAAGUCAGUCUGCUAGUGGAGCCUUGGAACGCCCACGUAUCGUGAUCAGCGUGCAGACUCACAACCCGCAGACGACACCUGCGCCCCCGCCGCUGCCUCACGUGCGUGUCAGGCUCCCGACCUCCACCCCUCAGAGAAGAAAGAGGAAGAGAGCCAAGAUGGACAUCCUGACAGAUCCCUCCGGUGAUCAUGAAUACCAUCAGGAGUGCAGAACACAGCGAAGGCCGGAUGUUGCUCCAAGUGUUUCACACGGUGAGACUGCAUCCCGCAAUCUGAGAUUUGGGGUUGGCCGGCGACAAUUGCUUUCAAGCCAGAGAGGUGUCAAAGUAAAACAGCCUGUGAAAGAUGUUCGCGAUGUGGACAAGGAAAAUCUGAGAAUUGCUGCACCACCGCUGCCAACGUCCCCAAGGACUUCUCAUUCGGAGUUUCCAAGUAGUCAGACUCUCACGCACAAGUGGAUCAGCGCUCGCCAUGGAGACCUAUCCGAAUGGGGCCCGCUUGCAGGUUGUAGUUCCGAUGAUGAGGCCCCUCUGCCCAAGCACAAAAAGAGGAGCUACAUGAACCAGCCUCACCUGCGCUUUGAAAUCACCAGUGACGACGGCUUUAGCGUCAAAGCUAACAGUAUGGAGGUGGCUUGGCGCGCCGUGAUCGACGGCGUCCAGGAGGCGCGAGCGGCCUUCCGCCUCAGGCAGCUUCCCUUGGGCUGCAUGAGCGGGCCGCGGGUGCUGGGCGUGGUUCACGACGCCGUCAUCUUCUUGUUGGAGCAACUGCACGGCGCCGCCGACUGCAAGAGCCACCGCUUCCGCUUCCACCGUUGUGACGGCGUUGAGGAGGAGCUGCCGCUCAACCCCAGCGGCUGCGCCCGCGGGGAAGUCUACACACGGAAAGCGACGUUCGACAUGUUCAACUUCCUGGCGUCUCAGCAUCGAGCACUCCCUGACUCAGUCGGUCCCUAUGACGACGAGGACGACGAGUUCCCGCUCAAGUCGUCCAGGCGAGCCACCAGCAGUGAGCUUCCCAUGGCCAUGAGAUUCCGACACUUGGAGAAAACCUCCAAGGAAGCUGUCGGGGUUUACAGGUCUCUCAUUCACGGCCGAGGGCUUUUCUGUAAGAGGAACAUCGAAGCGGGGGAAAUGGUCAUCGAGUACGCCGGCACCGUCAUCCGCUCGGUGCUGACGGAUAAGCGGGAGAAAUAUUAUGACAGCAAAGGCAUCGGCUGCUACAUGUUCCGCAUCGACGACUUCGACGUGGUGGACGCCACCAUGCAGGGCAACGCGGCGCGCUUCAUCAACCACUCAUGCGAGCCCAACUGCUACUCACGCGUCAUCAACGUGGACGGCCGCAAGCACAUUGUCAUCUUCGCGCUGCGCAAGAUCUACCGCGGUGAGGAGCUGACGUAUGACUACAAGUUCCCCAUCGAGGACGAUGAGAGCAAGCUGCGCUGCAACUGCGCCGCGCGACGCUGCCGCCGCUUCCUCAACUAGCGGCCUGAGAUAUGGGAUCCUUGAUACAGGACACCUCCAGUGGAUUUCGUAGUACAAAUUGAUUCGUAAAAUAACAUUUUACAACAAGAAGAGUACUCAGGUGUGGUCUGUUGGAUGGAAUCUUGACACAUGAGCCAUAUGUCAAUCACAGACUAUUUAUAUAGUGUGCACUGGGCGUCGUGACUCAUGAUGUGCUUUUACCAUAUUCAACUUCAGUUUUUCAGUUUUCUCGCAGGGAGAUAUUUAUUUAUCACUUUUGCUAAGGCAGAAUCCUCUUUUUUUCCCCUCUCUUUCUCCUCUAUUCUAGCAUCCCACAACUUCGUUUCUGUUUGCUUUACUGAGGUGCUGGUGGACUCCACCUCAAAAUAGUUUUAACCGUACUCUUCGGGAAAGUUGCUUUUAUCCCGAAUUCUUGUUCAGUUUGUGUGUUUUAACAAUGAAUACAAUACUUCUGUGCUGUUCCUUUACAGGUUAUUUUUUUGUAUAUUUGAACAAUAAAUGUAUAUGGAAAUAAACUCAUUUGUGCUUUUACCUUUCCCAGUGAAAGGCGGACUAAAAAUGGGAGUUUGAUUUUUGAGGCUGGGAAAUUUUCCAGCCGCAUCAGUGUUUCCAUGUGUUCUACCUCAUGAUGAAACAUUUUGUCUUUCAACAUAAGACGAUCUAACAAUAAUUACUAACCCUAACUUGAUCUACCCAUAAUUAUUAGUACGACAACCACUAUAUUUCCUGUUGAAAAAAAUCUGUCCUAAUAAUACAUUCUGGUGUUUUUUUUUUUUUUUUUUUUUUUUUUUUUUUUUAUUUUUGGGCGGGGUUGAGUGAUGGUGUUUUAGGCUUCGCGCUUUGUACAUAGUUGUAUAAAAGGUCUUUCUAAACCUGUUACAUAUUUUUCUACCUGCGGUUUUUGUUUUAUUUAUGUUCAAUAAACCGUUUACAUCUUCCAAGUCUA